AAUUAAUGUGCCCUUCAUUAAUCAAGUCAAUUUCUUUGGAAGUUCUGAAAAAUCAAGACUUGUGCAUUGAGAUCGAAAGAUUAAUUAAAAACAAUCAUAUCAUGUCAACAUUAACAGUACCUUCACCCCAACCUUCUCCUCGCGAGGAUGCCCAAAACCUCCAUCGUGCCUUCAAAGGGCUAGGCUGCGACACAGGAGCAGUGGUGAACAUUCUGGCACACAGAGACGCAUCACACCGAGACCACAUCCUCCAAGAGUACGAAACCUUGUUCUCCCAUGACCUCCGCAAAGUCUUAGCCGAUGAACUCCACGGCAAUCUCAAGAAAGCAGUCCUGCUAUGGAUGGAAAACCCAGCGGAGCGCGACGCCAUCGCGCUCCGGCAAGCCAUCAAGUCGGUCCCGCUUUUCGACGCCCGAGGCGUGACGGAGCUCAUCUGCACGCGCACGUGCGCCCAGAUCCGGCAGAUCAAGCAGGUCUACUCCUCCAAAUGGAGCUCCCUGGAAGACGACGUCAAGUCCCACGCGUCCGGCGACCACAAGCGCCUGCUACUCGCCUACAUCAACACCACGCGCUACGAGGGCCCCGAGAUCGACGCGCUGCUGGUCGAGAGCGACGCGAAUUUCAUACGCAAGGUGAAGGCCGGGAGCUCGUCGGACGAGGCCGUUUUGAUCGAGCUUUUCACCGAGAGGAGUAGGGCCCACCUCGUUGCUCUCCGCUCGGCUUACUUCACCAUGUACCAAAAAGAUCUCAGGAUGGCGAUAAAGGACGUGACGUCGGGGAGUUUCAAGAACGGGCUGUCGGCGAUCCUGCAGUGCGCGGAGAAUCCGGCGAAGUACUACGCCAAAGUGAUGAGGAAGGCGAUGAGAGGGCUGGGGACGCACGACACGGCGGUGAUAAGGGUGGUGGUGACGAGGGCGGAGAUCGAUAUGCAGGAGAUUAAGGUGGAGUACCAGAAGAGGUUCAAGAAGCCGUUGGUGGAUGUUAUUCACUCCGAGACAUCUGGCCAUUACAGAUCGUUCCUUCUCGCCCUCAUUGCUGGAUAGCUAUGCAUAAUCCAUAUAAAUAUGUAAUGCAUUCAUUGUACAUAACUAUAUGUGAUCUCUAGUUGCUAACCCACUGAUGUUCUUUUGGCUGUUGUAAUAAAUAAGAUGCAAGUAAUGAGUGUACUUAGUUUAUUAGAGAAUCACUGGUCACGACGUAGAAUAUAAUAUAACCGACGUGGGAAGGUUAUAUAACAAUUAAUGGUUAUCAAAUGCUUCACCUAGAUGUAUUUUUUUUUUUGUCUAUAGUGCCCAACUCAUUGUAUUUCUAAG